AUGUCCACCACCAAAGACGACGUCGCCAUCAUCGGCGGCGGCAUCGCGGGCAUGGCCCUCGCCCUCACCCUCGCCUCCCACUCCAUCCACUCCACAAUCUACGAGAUGCGCCCCGAGACGCCCCUCCCGCACCACGCCGGCGGCGGCAUGAUGCUGUGCCCCAACGCCCUGCGCAUCCUCGACUCCCUCGGCCUCUACGAGCCGCUGCUCCAGCACGCCUUCCCCUUCGACUACGUCUACUACAAGGACGUCGACGAGAAGACCGUCGACCGCUACCCCAUGGGCGGCGUCGCGCAGUUCGGGUACCAGGCCGUGCGCAUCUUCCGGCAGGAGCUGAUCGAGGUGCUCGCCGGGGCGUGCCGCGAGCGCGGAGUCGUCAGGAUCGAACACGGCAUGCGAUUCACGCGCGUCGUGGGCGAGACCGAGGCCGGGGUCGAGUUCGAGUUCGAGGGCGGCGAGAGGCGCAAUGCGAGUCUGCUCGUCGGCGCGGACGGGAUUCAUUCCAAAGUGCGCGGCGCACACGUCGCGCCCGAGGCGAGGCCGGGCUUCGUGGGCCUCGCGGCGCUGACGUUCGCGGUCCCGACGGCGCGGCUGCGCGUCCCGGGGGACAAGGACUACAGGUUCCCCGUGAGCGUGGCGAGCGGCAACGGGGUGUUCGUGCUGGCGCCGCAGAGGCCGGACGGCGGGGAGAUGCUGGCGGGGACGCAGGUGCCGUGCGACGAGGCCGCGGCGGGCCGGCGGGAGGCGUUGCUGGCGGACAAGGAGGGCCUCAAGGCGCGGCUGCGCAGGAACGAGGAGGCGUGGCCGGGGAUCGUGAGGUCCGCGCUGGAGGGGAUCGAGGACGAGACGAUGAACGUGUGGCCGUUUUACAUGCUCCCCGCGCUCGAGAGGUGGGCGUCGCCGGGGGGCCGGGUCGUGGUCCUUGGGGACGCGGCGCACGCGAUCCCGCCGACGACGGGGCAGGGAGGGUCGAUGGCGUUAGAGGACGCGGCGAGUCUGGCGCUGGUGUUGAAGAGGGUGAGGGAGAGCGAGGGGCGGAUCGGCUGGGAGGAGGGGGUCGGGUUUUGGCAGGGGAUUCGAAGGGAGAGGUUGAGGGACCUGGUUGUGUUGACGAAGCAGUUGAACAAUAAGAGGUUGCCGAGCCACGAGAUGGAGAAGUUGCCGAAGGAGGAGGUCUGGUUUGAGAAGGGGGAGGGACAGAUGAAGUGGUUGUAUGUUCCUGAGAUUGAGAACAAGGUCGAGGAGUGGGUGAAGGGCAAGCUUGAGUGA